AUGUCUUCAGGUGGAGAAUCGUCAUCCAAGGCUGCUGAGACUAGACCCUCAGAAACCACAGCCACCAGUAACAUUCCUCUCAAGUUUGAUGAACUCUCUAAACUACAAGGGCAAUCAAACUACCAAACUUGGGCGAGUGCCUGGAGGAUAACGUUUAAUGCUGUAGACUGGUGGGAAGCGUUGAGCAUCGAGAACCCUGACGAGAAUGACACUGAACUCAGCAAAAUCGAGAUAAAGAAGGCUCGUAAACAAAUGCACAGCCUUCUCAUCUCUGCUGUAUGCGAAGAAAUACAACCAACAGUUGUCUCCGCCGAAAAUGCAUUCCACGCAUGGAAGGCGCUCAAAGACCUCUACGAUCGUGUCUCACCCAACACCACGAUUACCCUCCUCAGCCGCAUCCUAGACACGAAGAUGCAAGAAGGCAGAUCACUAACCGAGCACCUUGCAACCUUCGAUGUGAACUGGAAUACUCUCAAAUCCAGAUGCCAAAGUGCAGACCACAAACUCGCUGAGUCUCUCCUACCCCUCACCAAAUCCAACGAAGCCAUGGUGGCAUUCCUCCUAAGCUCGCUACCCAAAUCGAUAGGCAAUGUUGUCGACAACAUCCAGACCAAACAGGAUAACCUGGAUGAGGUAGCCCCCCAAACAGGAAACAAAUUGCUCCAUAUCAGGAGUACCAUAAGCGACAAGGAAUGCACCUGGUGCAAGAAAAGGGUACAGCUUUACAAAGGCCACGAGUAUAUGGAGUGCAGAAAGCUCAAAGAACAGAACAAGAACAGGAAGGGAAGGAUAAAGGACAACUCAGCAUCGGUUGUAGUAAAUGACUCUACAACCACUAUCUGUAUGGUACGCCACGACAUCUCCCAACCCCUUACUUGGAUCCUUGAUUCUGGAGCGACCUCUCACGUCACACCCUUCCAAGAUCAACUCAUCAACAUCCGACCUCACACCGGCAAUGUCCGAACAGCUGAUGGAACCAACCACGCUGUCACCGGAAUAGGAAGCGCUAGUUUCAGCUGCCACCUUCCCGAUGGAAGCAGAUCUUCUAUACUCCUCACCAAUGUGCUGUUGGUCCCAACCUUGGGAAAUGUGGGAUUGGUCUCCGAAACCGUGCUCGACAAAAAGGGAUUUAGAACGGAGUCAGGAGGAGGAAGCAAGUUGGUUACAAAAGAAAAGAAAGGAAUAAUUUGGGCAAAAUUGGAGAAGGGACUUUGGAAUGUACAAGUAGUUAGCAAUACAGUUCGUUUGACCACUUACGAUGAAUGGCAUCAAGCGUUAGGCCACCCUGCGACACUAGAAAACUUGUAUCAUGACAUUCAAAGGCUGCCUCCCAAACCAGAAAGUUUCCACUGCAGUCAAUGUGCACUAUCAAAAAGC